ACAGGUUAAGGUCUCUUGAGCCAUUCAGAUAGUCAGACGAUCUGCGCUGUCAGUGGGUUUAUGUUUCUUUCUCUAUGGCUGCUGCUGAAUCAGACUCUAAAUGUCCUUUCUCUCUGGACUCCUACCAUGUCUCCGAGGAGUUUGGCUUCAUCCUCCCUGAUCCUCUGCAAGAGCUUCCACCUUACUACCAGCCAUGGAUGGAUAUUGCCCUGCGAGUCCCAGAGCUUGUGCACUCUCACGAGUUGCGCCUCUGUAUUAACAAGAUGCCGCUGCUGAGCAGCCAGUUUCUGCAAAACCACCGGGAGUUACGACUGGCCCACCUGGCCCUCAGUGUGAUGACCAUGGGCUACGUCUGGCAGGAGGGAGAGAACAACACAGUUGAGAUGCUUCCACAUAACUUGGCGGUCCCAUAUUGGGAGGUUUCACAGCGCUUAGGACUUCCCCCAGUUCUCACCCAUGCAGAUGCAGUGCUGGCUAACUGGAAGAAGAGGGAUCCAGAAGGGCCUUUCAACAUGGAGAACUUGGAGCUGCUGCUCAGCCUCCCAGGAGGAGACAGUGUGCGAGGUUUCUUUAUGGUUACUCUGCUGGUGGAGCUGGCAGCAGUCCCUGCACUGAGGAACAUUCCCAUUGUGAUCAAUGGUGUCAGGAGAGGAGACACUGAGGCUGUGGCCAGAGCCCUGGAAGACAUCAGCCAGUCUAUACUGGACAUGAUAGAUGCACUUAAACUGAUGCAAGUGUACGUGGAGCCUUCAGUCUUCUAUGGCGUUAUGAGGAUCUACCUGUCUGGGUGGAAAGACAACUCCUGCAUGCCAAAGGGGCUGGUAUACGAAGGGGUCCAGGCAGAGCCAAUGGAGUACUCAGGUGGGAGUGCUGCUCAGAGCAGCCUGCUGCACUGCUUUGAUGAACUUCUGGGAGUCAAACAUGAAGCACAAAGUGGUGCCUUUCUAACCCGCAUGAGGAACUACAUGCCACCUGCCCACAAACAGCUAAUCCGGGACAUCUCUUUGCAACCCUCCCUGAAGAGUUUUGUCCUGCAGCAGGCCAGCGAGCAGUUAAACCAAGCCUAUCAGCACUGUGUCACAAAACUGGUGGCUUUGCGCAACUACCACCUCAAUGUUGUCAGCCGCUUCAUCACUGUACCCGCUGCCCGUGCCCGUCAACUUCGAAACCAGAGCCAGGAGGUAGAGGGGGAUAUAAUCAGCAGAGCACCCACAGCAUUAGAGGAGAGGGGCACCGGUGGCUCUGGCAUCAUGACCUUCCUCAAGACUGUGAGGAACCAAACAAAAGACGCCUUGCUGCCUGAGACGAGCAAGAAUUGAAAGCCACAGCUGAUUGUGAGCUGUCAUCGCUGAGGACACACAGCAGAGUGUCAACUGCAUCGCAUAAUACAGGCUGUAAAUCACCUUUGAAUACUCAACACAAUAUUUUAUAUGUCAUUAAAAAGGAUGAAUUGUGGCAGAACCAGAGUUGGAGGCCUCCAUCACUUGUCUUACAUGUAGCUUUGUUGUGUCUGUAAACAAACCUCAGCUUAAUAGACAUGAGUGAUACCCAUCAUUCAGUCCAAACCAUAAUUCAAACCAUUGCUAUUACUUUCCAUUGAAUUCAACCACUAAUUCCUUCUUUAAUCCAAACUGGAAAGCAAAACAAUGCAUCUGCUCCAGAC